UGUCACACCUUCUACUUACAGUUAUCUCCUACACUCAUCCAUGGCUUCUCUAACCUUUCCAGGUGUCCUUCGCCAGCCGGUCACCAUGCAGCGGUAUUUUGAUGACAAACCCAAAUAUUCCUUGAGAAAUGAUAAAACCAGUUCUCUUGCUUGCCAGAAACCUAACAUUCCUCGCAAUUUAUCGAGCAGUGUUGCGAGUCCUACACGGGUUGCUGCUCCAUCUCUGGAUAAUGAAACCAUUGCCGACCGGAGCCAGAAUCAUGUUGCGUGGACUAGCAUCCGACAAGAGCGGUGGGAGGAUGAGCUAGUUGUGGAAGGAGAAAUACCCUUAUGGCUGAAUGGGACAUACCUGAGAAAUGGUCCAGGUCUGUGGCACAUAGAAGACUACAACUUCCGGCACCUCUUCGACGGCUACUCCAUGUUAGUCAAGCUCCACUUUGAGAAUGGCCGCUUGAUCGCUGGCCACCGCCAGUUAGAGUCUGAAGCCUACAAGGCGGCCAAGAAGAACAAAAGAAUAUGUUUCCGUGAAUUCUCGGAGGUCCCCAAGCCGGACAAUUUCUUAGCCUACGUUGGGGACCUUGCCAGCCUCUUUUCCGGUACGUCCUUAACCGACAACGCUAACACCGGCGUUGUCAAGCUUGGGGACGGACGUGUGGUGUGUUUGACAGAAACACAAAAAGGGUCCAUAAUUAUUGACCCAAACACGUUGGACACGCUCGGGAAAUUUGAGUACAGUGAUAACCUCGGGGGUUUGAUUCAUUCGGCGCAUCCAAUAGUGACAGAUGCUGAGUUCCUGACGUUGUUGCCGGAUUUGGUGAAGCCAGGAUACUUGGUGGUGAAGAUGAAGCCAGGUACAAAUGAGAGGAAGAUCAUCGGACGAGUGGAUUGCCGGGGAGGACCAGCACCUGGGUGGGUCCACUCUUUUCCUGUCACUGAGCAUUACAUCGUUGUUCCGGAGAUGCCAUUGAGAUACUGUGCACAGAAUUUGCUGAGGGCUGAGCCAACGCCACUUUACAAGUUUGAGUGGCAUCCAGAAUCCAAAGCCUUUCUCCAUGUCAUGUGCAAAGCUAGUGGAAAAAUUGUGGCAAGCGUGGAGGUACCACUAUUUGUGACAUUCCACUUCAUUAAUGCAUACGAAGAGGAGGAUGAAGAUGGAAGGGUCACAGCAAUCAUUGCCGAUUGUUGCGAACACAAUGCUGACACAACAAUUCUAGAUAAGCUUAGGCUUCAUAAUCUCCGAUCAUUCAACGGCCAAGAUGUAUUGCCAGAUGCAAGGGUUGGGAGAUUCAUAAUACCAUUGGAUGGGAGUCCAAAGGGGAAGUUGGAGGCAGCUUUGGAUCCAGAUGAACAUGGCAGAGGAAUGGAUAUGUGCAGCAUAAACCCUAACUACUUGGGGAAGAAAUACAGAUAUGCUUAUGCCUGUGGAGCACAACGCCCCUGUAAUUUCCCUAACACCCUCACUAAGCUUGAUUUUGUAAAGAAAAUGGCCAAGAAUUGGUAUGAGGAGGGUGCAGUGCCAUCAGAACCAUUCUUUGUCGCACGCCCAGGGGCAACUGAGGAAGAUGAUGGUGUUGCGAUCUCUAUGAUCAGUGAGAAAAAUGGAGGUGGGUAUGCGCUCCUUUUGGACGGAUCUACAUUCAAAGAAAUUGCCAGGGCAAGGUUCCCUUAUGGCCUACCAUACGGGCUGCACGGCUGCUGGGUUCCAAAAAUAUAAAAUCUGUUUAGGAGUUAAGGUGGAAAUAAUACCUUCUCCGCAUCCAGAUACUGCUUCUGAUAUGCAUCUGAUGUGUUGUUUCAUGUAUGAUAGACAGCAUAAAUCAUGGAGAUUAUCAUAUAUGUAUGAUGAUUGCUAGUUGGUGCCCAAGGCCUAAGCAGAAUUAAGUAUUGCAUAAAUUUCAGAGUGCUGU